AUGUCUCCUUCCUCCUCCUUCUGCGUUUACUUUUACUUCUUCAUCUCGUUCGUUUCCAUUUCCUCAUUCUCCCAGGAGUACCCGAAAUCCUACGCCGGCAAUCACCCUUUGCUCAAACUGACCGAUACAACGUUUGAACCUUUAACGCAAUCGGCCACGGGACAAACGACCGGGAAGUGGGUAGUGUACUUUGACACGGACCAUUCGUUGAAUCACUUCUUAACGCCGACUUUGAAGGCGAGCUUAAUGAAAUUGGAUAAAUUGCAACAACAAAAUAAUGGAGACGACGGAGAGUACAAAGGCGAGCCGUUUAUCGCGGCGACUAUUAACGUGGACGAGGAGUAUCUCACGAGAGCGAGAUUCGAAAAUACGCUCACCUUCCCGUGUUUGGCGGUAUUCGAACGGCGAAAGAUGCGACAGUUUAAAGUGCUCCAUCCAAAAGGGGACGAACACAAAGCGCUCGGGAAAGGCGUGAAAGACGUGGAAGAGUGGUUAGAAAUGUCCAACGAGGAAUUUGAGGGAGGAGAGGUUGUGUAUUUGAACGUACCAAAACCGUUAUCGAUGGCGAAAGCGACGAGCGUCCGGUUCGGGGUGGCGACGCGAAUGUUCAACGAGAGAAAGCUUCGAGCAAGAAGAGAUUGGCAACACGCUAUGAAGGCGAAAAGUGAAGCUGGCAUGGGCGCGAUGGUGCACGAGAUGGAGGAGAGUUUUAAAAAGUCGCCGAAACUAUACGGGUCGAUACUAAUUGCCAUCGCGUUGACGAUGAUUGCGUCGCUGAUGGCAAUGUCGUCGGUUUUGUUCGGAGGGAGACGAGGCGCGUCGAAAAAUAAAGAGGAGUGA